AAGUCAAGAACAGGAGAGACGUGCUGUCCUCUGGCAAAGAUUAGUGAGCACGCUCAGACAGUGCUCAGACAAGUGCUCUUCCGCUUUUUGUAGAAAACAACUACAAGAAAUUACUGUUCUUGUGGUCCGUUCUACUUAGAGCACUACAACUCCUCCCGUAUUUCUUGGCGCUCGAAGAACGAAGAAAAUGCCGCGUCCACGACUCAUUCGCGUCUUCUUGCAAUCGGACCCUAUGUCGAAAAUGCAUGCUCCUCUAGCACAGCUAGCUGCUGAUUUCAGUGGUGCAGAGUUUGCUUUCGGACUUACACCGAACCUGAAGUUAAGGGAAGAGCUGUCAGUCACAGUCUCCAUGAUCUAUCUUCAGAUAAUAUCACUUAUAUAUAACGUUAACCAGGGACGACAACUCAUCUGAUUGACACUACCUCUGAUAGACUCACUUCUUCUAUUUCUACUAGUUAACACCAUCAUCACUUGUAUAAGGUAGUCUUCUACUUCUUCUACCCCUUCCUCUAAUCACCGGAGGUGGCGCGACACCAGAUUUCUUGCAGAAGUGCGAGGUCAUGAUCAUCUCCCCCUUCACAGGAGGCGGAGACGAAAAUCACUUGAUCGCGACCGUCGCUGCUCUUCCGAACUUGAAUUAAGUCCAAGAGUUUUUAGGUUUUGUUAUUGUCGUUCACAUUGACCACAAAAAAAAAGCGGAUUCUAACCUCCUUGACCUGCUUACCUUUAUUUGCAUUUUUUCAAGUGAGUUCCACCGCAGAACGCGUCAAGAUUGUGCUGCACAAGGAGAAGAUCAAAAAUCAUCUACACCCGGGUUACCACUUUAAAUAUUCAUAUUUUUUCAAGUGCGUGGCACGAAAUAGUGCAAGGAUGUUCUUCUGAAGAAUGCAAGCAAUGCUCGUCCAUCCUGCUUUAACUAAAGUGGGUGCAUAGUCUGGCUGCUGGAGUGGAUAAAUUCGUUGGUACGUUGCGAAGACAGCCUGCCACACAGCAUUUGCCGUUGACGAAUGCCCGUGGAGCAUACAGCUACGCCCUUGGCGAGUACGCUUUAUUCGCUAUGCUCUACUUAUGAUCUGUCUUAUACGUUGGGCUUUCAUAUUCAUUUUCAUUUUAGACAGCUGCUCCGACCAAGUUGGAGAAGUCUUAGAUAUCAAAAACAUCACAGAGAUCUAGGUGUCCUGCAGUUACAGUUUGACGAUCAAUACGAAUUUCAACUUCACGUCAAGCGAGCACCACUCUGCUAAUCUAUUUCAACAAGCAAGCUCGCAGACUGAACGCAUUGCAGCAGGCGAAGCAGUGGGAUCCAUUCUGUAUGGACUCACUGCGUGGUAAAACUCUAGGCUUUAUUGUUAAGGCUUCUCCUCAUCCAUCUCGAUGUCCUCAUGCUGGUCCAUCUUCUCCAUGUCCAGCAGCAGCACCUGGUUAGGGCUCUUCCAUGAUAAGGGUGAAACGGCCUCCAGAUGAGUGUCAUGAUGGAUCGCGGUGAGCUCCAAUAUCGCCUUUGGGUCGAUUGGAGAGGCAUGCUGGCAGUUGGCGAAAACGCUACCAUGGAGUCGGGUCCUAGUGCACAGACGGACACGAACCAGGGACGAUGAGUUUUCUUAUGGCUACUUUGCACUGGCUCUAUAGACAGAGAGUCAGAAUAUCAAGAUCUUGGUCCUCUUCGGUUUCAGUCACUCUUAUGGCUAGUACGUUGUUUGAUUUAGAUUGAUAAGAAAGAUGGCAUUGAAGAAGAUAAUACAUGUUAGAUUUGUUCUUCUUUUCAGAGGGUACAAUCAGGCUGAAAGGGCCUCAACCCCAUUUGACAGGAUGGAGACUGAGGUAGCAUGACAUGACAUGAGUAACUACAUAAGUUCUGUAAGAACUACUUCCUGCAAUCUUCAUGUGAAAGUAUUCUUCAUAUGAAAGAAGACUUUCCGACGUGGGAAAAUCCGAGUACCAACAACAGGGAGAACGCGAUGGAGAAGCUCAUAGGGUACGCAAGCCGAGAAGACGUCUUUGCGAAGGCAGACGUGGUGAUUUGUAGCCUUCCAGGCACAGAGGAAACGCGUCACUACUGCGACAUGGCUUCUUUCUCGCUCAUGAAGGAUGGAGCGGUACUAAGCACUUGUAGUUGGCAUUCCUGUUCUUGCUAUUCUUGCUUCAACAAUUGCUCACGAAAAGUAGAAGUAGAAGGCGAGUCUUCUUGUACUAGUAAUUCAGUCUGAAAAACGUCUACAUUAUUGACAACGAUUUUCAUCAAUUAGAUCUUUAUCUCUCUGGGACGCGGAAGUUGCGUAGACGAAGAGGCGGUAAUAGAACACGCAGGCAGACUUGGUGGUGUAGCAUUAGACGUCUUUGAACGCGAGCCACUUCCCCAGAGUAGUCCACUCUUUACGAUACUUAUAACUUGUACUGGAAGAAACGUGUACUAGAACAAGUAGAAACGAGUAGCAAGUGCUACUAGAACAGUUGUUUUCGAGUUCUUGUCGCUGUGUUGAUUGUGCAUCUUUACCUAAAACUAGUACAUCACUCACACAUAUGAUCGAGGUGGAAGACGACCGCUUGAUGUAAGUAGAUCUCCUGACCACUGACCCUAGAGAGGAUAGACGGAAUACAUCAUAGUGACAUUGCUCCAAUCAAUGGAGUCACCCGAAUGUGCUGAUGUCUCCACACAAUGCUGACCGGAUAGCGAGCUACAUGAGCGACGGCUGGGAUACGUUUCAAGAACGAUUUAACGAGUACGCUGCAGGGAAAGCUUUUUCUGAUAGCAUAGUGGACAUGGGAGUGGGAUAUUAGCGUGUUGAGCUUGGAAGAUCAUAUUAACGGUGGAAGAGUUUCUUAGUGGAGACCGGCAUGAGCGUGGCUUAGUGGAGAUGGGCAUGUUGGGCUUGGCUUAGUGGACAUGGGCGUGGGCGUGGGAUAUUAAGAUGCUGAGGCUGACCCAAGACCAGAAAGAUAGCAGUAGAUCAUGAGAGAAGAUGAAAGAGAAGUUGUACAUCAGACUUUUCACGAAAUGGAAAAGCAGACUUUUCCUAAUUUUUGAAUUUCCAAAUUCAUUUUACAACUUGAAAUCCAAGAAUUUUCAGUUUUAUUCCAUUUUUGUCGAAUUCAUUUCCUGACGACGCGAAAAACAUCUGAGACCUUCACACCUCAAACAAUGACUAAGUCAACUUUUACUAUCAACUUGGAUCAUAUUGUUCCAACUUCUCUCUUCCACUGCCUUCCACAUUCUAGCUAGUAUUACGUCUUAGCUUUUACACUCUACUAGCCACUUUUCACGUCUGAUAACUUCUAACAUUUUCUAAUACUCACGACAGCAACAUCAAGCGAACAAGGGGUAUCUACUCCAGAACACCCAAUAAAGCCUUCCAAACCACAACAUUUUGAACAUUUUCCUAACUACUAGCACUACAGCUCCCUCUUUUUAUCUUUUGAACAAGAACUACUGUAGUUGUCCUCCUCAUCAUCUCCCGUCGUGCAUGGCGAAGACAGCACUCCUACCAGGAUCAUAAAUUUCUAGCCGAGUGCGACAAGUAGAGCGUGGGUGGGGGAUGUUUUUUCUUUUCGGAUGUUUGUACGUAGUUGAGCUAGUGGCGAUAGCUGAAGUUCUUGAGUAAGUAUC